AUGGCUGGAGAGUUGGAUGCAGAGAGGGCGCCGUGGGUCAGGCAAGAUGGCUGUAACGCUGACAACACCUGGUUUCUGCAAGACAACCAGGAGAAACCCGACGACCCGAUUUACAAAGAGACUCAGGCAGCUUGGCUUCAGAGACUCUUGCUUUCCGUUUUCUGCAUCUUCUCCCUUUUCGUUCUAGCAGCCGUCACCCUCAGCCAAUCUAUUACAUCCUCGCCAGCCCAUAAUGACGACCACUCAGAGGCUUCCCAUGAGACUACAAUGUCACCAUCACCAUCAGUCAUCCAGCACCAUGAAGACCCCCCUUCUGUGCCUCAGCUUCGGGAUCCCAAUGAAUACAUCCUCUCACCCUCAUGGGACUUUGACGCCCAUCCAAAAAUCCGAGAGUAUUUCUGGACUAUCACGACAGCCACCCUCAACCCAGAUGGCGUCUACCGCCCAAUGUUUCUCAUCAACAACCAGUUCCCUGGUCCUAUGGUUGAGUGUAACGAAGGAGAUACCAUUGUUGUGCAUAUCAUGAAUAAAGCACCCAAUGCAACCGCCAUACACUUUCACGGCAUGUUCCAAAACGGCACCAAUAACAUGGACGGGACUGUUGGCAUUACACAAUGCCCAAUUGCACCCAACUCAAGCUUUACGUAUCAGUUCGACGUCAAGGGCCAGCAUGGAACAUAUUGGUAUCAUGCUCACCACAGUGCUCAGGCCUCUGAUGGUCUGCUAGGGCCCAUGGUUGUUCACUCCCGACAAGAGCGAAAGCUACAAGAGCUGGAGUAUGCAACCGACAGAGUUGUCAUGGUGCAGGAUCACUAUCACAACCUGACUUCAGAGCUUCUCAUGGAUUAUCUCGCUCCUGAUCAGGAGAAUGAUGAGCCUGUACCUGACAACGCGUUGAUCAACGGUCGCGGUGUCCGUGACUGCUCAGAUUUUCCGGGUUGGCCGUGUGAUACCACGAACGUGUCAACGCCGAAGAUUGAUCUCGAAGCUGGAAAGCGUCACAGGUUGCGCAUCAUCAACGUUGGGGCAUUUGCCGAGUUUCAGAUUCAGUUUGAUGAGCAUCCGUUCUACAUCACCGAGGUCGACGGGACAGAUGUUCAUCCAGAGCCUUUUCAUCGCGUCAACGUCCUCCCAGCUCAACGAUACAGCGUGGUGCUAGAAACGAACGUUACUUCAUCGAGUUACUCAUUUUGGAUGCGAGCGCGAAUGGUAACACACUGUUUUAAGAGAGAAAAUCAGCGCCUUCAACCUGAACUAAGGGCUACAAUACGUUACACGUCACCAGACUCAGACACUCCAUCGAAAGAACCAACAAGCAAAGAAUGGUCAGAAGCCAUCGAGGUUAUAUGUCGGGAUCUCAACACCACUGCCCUUCGUCCCGUCGACUCAAUAUCCCCGCCCCGAGCAGAUGACUUUAUAGUCUUGCGAGCAAAUUUUGAAAUCGGCGACUGGCGACUGGCUCGUGGUUUCUUCAAUGAUUCCACAUGGCAUGGCAAUGCUACGCAUCCAUCACUGCACCGCUACCUUGAUACGAACGUGAAAGGGAUUCCUAAGCUCAGCGCAGUUAGUGUCAACGAACAAGUCUUUGAUCGCAAGAAGGAACUGGUUCUUGAAACCACAGGGAUCCGCACCAUUGAUAUCUCCAUCAAUAACUUUGAUGAUGGCGCCCACCCUUUCCAUCUCCAUGGUCACAAGUUCUUUGUCCUACUGCAAGGAAACAGCGGAUAUCCUCCAAACUCCACUGAACUUCCCAAAUAUCUCGAGGAGCAUAACCUGCUCGAGAACCCCUUGCGUCGAGAUACCAUCACAGUGGAAGGCUAUGCAUGGGCCAUCAUCCGGGUGGUACUUGACAACCCAGGAAUGUGGGCGUUUCAUUGUCACAACACAUGGCAUGCUGAGUCGGGCAUGGUGAUGCAAUUUCUUGUGAGGUCAGAUGUCAUGGGCGAAUGGGAAGUCGCUCCAGAACAUGGAGAGAUGUGCGGGAGAAAGGGGGUGGCCACAGGGAUGAGGCCAGAUGAUAGCAUUUGGUUUGGUCAGUUUAGCAAGUAGAAUAGAACAAGCUUUGAGUUGUGAUUUAUU